GUAGGAAUCCAAAGGGUAGUAUGAACGAUAACUUCUGGUUCAAUGACAACGCGUUCCAGGGAAGCAAUUCCGGGCCCAGCAACAAUGCUGGGGGUUCCAAUGAUGAUGAUUUCAUAAACAAUUUCUUUGACCGCGCCACGCCUAACCAAGGUCAAAAUACUCAGAAUUCACAGAAUCAACAGUUUCAACAAUUACUGCAGCCUAUGGCACAGCAAUUCCAGACCAUACCGCAAGAUGAAGGCUUAGAUCUUCCCGGGCAGAACAUCAAUCCACAGAUGUUUAUGAGACAAUCGCAACAGCAAGUUCCUCAACAACAUCAUCAACAACAACAUCAACAACAUCAACAACACCAACAACUUCAUCAGCAGCAAGUUCCACAACAACAGGUUCCACAACAACAGGUUCCACAACAACAGGUUCCACAACAACAGGUUCCACAACAAGCACAACACCAGCUCCAACACCAGCAGCAGAGUCUACAAAACAGCCAAAUUGGGAAUGAAAUGAAUACCAUGCAGCUGGACCAAGCUAAACGUGACCAACUCAUGAAAAUGAGACAACAGAUUAUGCACCAACAGAUGCUUCAGGCUCAGAAACAAAAGCAGCAACUUCAACAGCAGUCUAGUCCACAUCCAAUGAACCUGCAGAUGCAAUCUAAUGGAGGUAGCAUGAUGAACAUGGGUCAGAUGAAUCAUUCUCAGGCAGCACAAGUUUCCCAGGCUCAGGCUCAUGCUCAAGCUCAGGCUCAGGCUCAGGCUCAUGCUCAAGCUCAGGCUCAGGCUCAGGCUCAGGCUCAGGCCCAGGCUCAUGCUCAGGCUCAAGCUCAGGCUCAAGCUCAGGCUCAGGCUCAGGCUCAGGCUCAAGCUCAGGCUCAGGCUCAGGCUCAGGCUCAGGCUCAGGCUCAGGCUCAGGCUCAGGCUCAAGCUCAGGCUCAGGCUCAAGCUCAAGCUCAGGCUCAGCAACAUGCACAAGCUCAGGCGCAAGCUCAAGCUCAGGCUCAGCAACUUGCACAAGCUCAGGCGCAAGCUCAAGCUCAAGCUCAGCAACUUGCACAAGCUAGAUCUCAAACAGCCCUUCGACUCAAAAAUAUGGAGAGACAUGAUUCUGUUGGUGGGACUUCAAGGACAUCCUCAAAAUCAACACCUGUUAUUUCAAACAAGCAACAACCACCGGCCUCGUAUUCUGGGAGUCCACACACUGCCACGCCACAACAAAUGCAACAUUCUCCAUCUCAAGGGAGUUAUGUUGGAACCCCGAAUAGUGCUAUAAUUCCUCCAGGAAAAAUUGGUGGUGCCCCUACCCCUAGCCAGUCUGUUGGUGGAGCUGGUGGUAAUCCUGUUGGGUCUGCCCCACAGCAACAAAUAGCACAGCUUCAAAUGGAACUAUUCCUUUCUACACUCUAUGAUUUCAUGGCUCGUAGAGGAACUCCAAUUUCGCAAACUCCGGUGGUUAAUAACAAAAAGGUAAACCUUUUCUUUCUCUAUUUAUUAUGCCAAAAGUUAGGUGGGUCCCAACAACUUCUCAAGAGUGUUCAAAACCCACAUCAAUCAUCUCCCUGGACUCUUAUUUGUCAAAAGUUGGGGCUUUUUGAGAAUGUAGAUAUUCAACUGGAUCUUCCUACAAAAACACGUAUUGAAAGAGAAAUCAGUACAUGCUUCGUACAGACCUUACAUCCAUAUGAGCAGUACUUCUCUACGCCGGAGGGUCAAAAAGAUAUUCAGCAAAGAAGACAGCAUUUCCAAAAGCAGAUUGUAAUGAAGGUUCAACAGCAGCAGCAACAGCAGCAGCAGCAACAACAACAGUCACAACAACAGUCACAACAACAGUCACAACAACAGCCACAACAACAGUCACAAUAUGCCCCACAACAACAGCAGCAGCAACAACAACAACAACAACAGCAACAACAGCAACAACAGCAACAACAGCAACUUCAACAACAACUUCAACAACAACAACUUCAACAACAACAACUUCAACAACAACAACUUCAACAGCAACAGCAGCAGCAGCAACAGCAACAGCAGCAACUUCAACAGCAGCAACAAGGGCCUUCGACGUUCAAGAAUGAUUUUUCUAACAGAAAUUCCCCCCAAGUUACUACACAAUCGCCAGCACCUAGUACAUUUAUCAACACUGCGCCAACACCAGGAGUUUUCCAACCUGUGGCUGCGCAACAAAGUCCUGGUUUGAGUCUGGCACCUACCCCUCAACAAAGAAAGUUGUCCCGCUUCAGCAAUGCAUCGAACCAUAAUUCCCCUGUCGCUACGCAACAGACUCAGUUACAGCAAUCUCGAGCUGGAAGUUUUGGGCAACAAACUCCUAUGGGUUCUUUCCCAGAGAAUGCAGAAAUUCAGCAACCAAUGUCAAAAGUUGCAUCUCCACAAGUUGCUGUAAAAGAACCUAACGCAAUCAAAAGUUAUUUGCCAUUGCGCAGAACCUUGGAGACUCAUGGAGGGCAUGAUAUUAGGGCGUUGUCUUCUGUUGCUGGCGAAAUUGAAAUCACAAAGCCUGUAUAUCUUUUUGCCCCAGAACUUGGUUCGGUAAACAUUCAUGGUUUAAUUAUGUCGUUGAAAGGGUAUACCGGAAGUAACAAUGGAGAAGUUUCAAGUGCCUUGAAUACUUUACUUGUUACUUCAUCGGAUGCUAAUUUAUCAUUCAAAAUUUCGGACUGCCCGGAAUUACUUGAUUCGUUAUCUACUUUAGGAUUGAAAGUGCUUGAUAAUAUAAUUGAAAAUAACUCUAAAAGUAUUGUUGAAGAGAAGGUAAAAUAUGAAGAUACUGACAAGUUAACUACAAAUUCUCGUAUUGAGGAUAUUUUCAAAAGAUAUGUUGAUAAGAAUGAGGAUGCUGAAGAUGAUGGUCUUAUUGAUGAAGACGUUGUAUUUGUGGUUGAUUCUCUUACUGGGGAAGUUGUAGUUGGCAGUGAUGAAGAAGAAUCGGAUGAUUCUGACGUUGAAAUGGAUGAAAUAUUCCUGCCAUCAAAGGCACAGGAUGGAAGUUCUACUGUUGAAGACGUGACUGAACCAUCUGUUAAUAUUACUGACUAUAUGACUACCUUACUUGAAUUCAGAAAUGAAAACAAGUAUCAUUUCAGUAAGAUCCAAACCAAGAGUGCUAAAGAUGAUGAGAUUAUGUUGGUCGAUCAAUUGAUAACAAUAACGAUGAUUUUAAGGAACAUAUCAUUUGCUGAUUCCAAUAAAACUGACAUGGCUGCCAAUGACAGGUUUAAAGAUUUGCUCUUUGCUGUAGUCAAGGCUGUUGCAACAUUCCCCGAUAAAUUCAUUUUUAGUAGAAAGAGGUUAUGUUUAUUGAAGGAUUGUUUAUUAAUCUUAGAUAAAAUUGCUUUCAGUAUGGAACUUCGGUCUUUAGAAGAAGCAUUUUUGGCAUUUUUAUUGACUACUUCAUUUGGGCCCAAGAUUGAGGAAGAUGGUUCAAUUCCAUAUGGUAAUUUGGAAGUUUAUUCUUACUUGUCAUUUGGUAUUGAUGCUUUGACAAAGUUGCUUGUUAGAGCGCCUCAUAAUAGAUCUUUACUUCAAGCAGUCUUGAAUGGUUCAUUAAAUAUCAAUUCUUCGUCUUUUGGUGCAUCUAUUCAGGUUUCUACCGAAGAUCAAGAACAAACUGCUCAAUUGAUCAAGUCAUAUUUCAAAGGAGAUGAACAAGCAUUUAAAUCAGGGAAACUUUUAACUAGAUGUUUCCAAUUUUUCCUUUCCGUUAUUCCAUUCCAACAUACCACAUUUGAAUUCUCGAAAUUCCUCCUUAUAAGAGCCCCAACUGUGUCACAAGCACUCUUUGGUGUAAAGCUUAUCAUAGAUAUGAUUCCAGUUGAAGAAGUUUCUUCGGCAGCAAGAUUACUUCCUACUCAAUGGUUACUUGCUAAUCAGGAAGUUCUCUUAUCUAAUUUACUUCGAGUCUGUUUAAAUUUGGUCACUGAUACUACUAAGCUUAACAGACAUAGUCAUGAACAUAAUAUCAUAUCUUUGGUUAUUUUGAAAUCAUUGGUGGUGAUUAAUUCUUUACUUGGAUCUGCCUUGGUAUAUAAGCAACAAUCAGAUUCUGAUCCUACUUUAAUUGAACUGAUUGAAACAAUUUGUGAGAUUGCUAGAAUUACUCCGGAAAAGGAAUUGGCCAUGGAGGCGUUACUUAAUCCGGCAAUCGACCCUGAUGUUGGAAAGGAAGUUGUUAGAUUACUAGGAGUUAUAAAGGGAUUGGCUGGUGAAGAUGAGGUUGAAGAAGUUUAUGAUCAAGAAAAGUCUAAAGAACAAACAAAAGAAACCUUGACAGAGGAACAAUCAAUGGAAAGUAUUACAGAAAAUAAAAAUGUCCCAGAUGAUUCAACUAAACUGCCUGGGAUUGAAAACAUUCCCACUGAUCAAUCUGUUCCACCUAAAGAUGAAAUAAAUUUAGAAGUGUCAAAACUGGCAAUAGAAUCCGAUGUAAAAGAGCUGAAUGAGACUGGAUCUCAACCGCCAUCUACAACACAAGUCGAAUCUGUGCAAGAAGAUAUCGGAAGCGGAAUAUUACCAAUGGAGACUGAUUAAU